CCCACGGUGCUGCGCCUGCUGCAAUACCCGAUUCCCGAAGAAAUUCGGUGCUUUUUGUGGUCUGAGUUUCUGAGUGUGCGAGACAGCUACGUGAUCGGGUAUUACUCGAUCAUUCGCAACAAACAAUAUGGAAUCCCAGCGAAUUCGCUGUCGGUGAUCGAGGCGGAUUUGCGCCGCAUGGAGAUCUCCAGUGCGGAACAUCGACAGAUGCUGCGACUCCUCACUUCGAUUUAUCUCCACGAUUCCCAGAUGGGAUAUGUGCAGGGCAUGCAUUUCUUCGCGUACAUUCUUCUCAAGAUUUUCUCGGAGGAAGAAGCGUUCUUCGUUUUUAUCCGCGUAGCACACUUCGAGAUAGAUUGA